CUUGGGGGCGGGCGCGCGCCCCGGCCGUUGCCGGCGGAGGCGGCGGUCGCCGUUCGUCGCCGUCGGGAGCGUUGAGCUGAGGCGAUGCACGGGGCCGCGGCGGGCGUCGCAAAGUGAAGCAAGCGGAGCCGUCUUUGUCGUCGUCCCCCUCCUCUUCCUCCUUCUUCCACCCGCGACCCCCGCAGACGGCGACAUGGGCGAGUGCGGAACCCCCGGGGACGUCAACUCCAACGUGCUCGUCGCCCACAGCACCGGCGACGCGCAGCUCGACAAGGCGGUGUGGCAGUGGCUGAGCUGGGACAAGAACCAAAAAACAAAAGAACAAAUUGAAAGCUUGUUACAGAAUGGAAAGCAUAAAGAGUUACGGGAUCGUCUCUGCUGCAGGCUGACCUUUGGGACUGCCGGGCUUCGCUCUGCUAUGGGAGCAGGCUUUUGCUACAUUAAUGAUCUUACAGUGAUCCAGUCCACCCAGGGGAUCUACAAAUAUCUUGAGAGGUGUUUUUCAGACUUUAAGCAGAGAGGCUUUGUUGUGGGAUAUGACACACGAGGUCAGGUGACCAGCAACUGCAGCAGUAAGAAACUUGCAAAGUUCACUGCAGCAGUCCUGCUGGCUAAAGAUGUACCUGUAUACUUCUUUUCCACAUAUGUCCCUACACCGUUUGUGCCCUAUGCUGUUCAGCAGCUCAAAGCUGUGGCUGGUGUGAUGAUCACAGCAUCCCACAACCGGAAGGAGGACAAUGGAUACAAGGUUUAUUGGGAAAAUGGAGCACAGAUCACCUCUCCUCAUGAUAAGGAAAUUAUAAAAUGUAUAGAAGAGUGUGUUGAACCAUGGAAUGGCUCUUGGAAUGAGAAUCUAGUAGACACCAGUCCCCUUAGACAGGAUCCUCUGAAGAAAAUUUGUGACUGUUACAUGGAGGAUCUGAAAAGGAUCUGUUAUCACAGGGAGCUAAACAUGCAAACAAAUUUGAAGUUUGUUCAUACCUCUUUUCAUGGAGUUGGACAUGACUACGUGCAGUUGGCUUUCAAAGCAUUUGGUUUUCAGCCCCCCAUCCCAGUACCUGAACAAAAAGAUCCAGAUCCAGACUUUUCUACUGUCAAAUGCCCAAAUCCUGAAGAAGGAGAAUCUGUGCUGGAGUUGUCACUGAGGCUUGCAGAGAAAGAAAAUGCUAGAGUAGUAGUGGCCACUGAUCCAGAUGCAGAUAGACUAGCAGUGGCAGAACAGCAGAAUGGCUGCUGGAAGGUGUUCACUGGCAACGAGCUAGCAGCUCUGUUUGGUUGGUGGAUGUUUUCUUGCUGGAAGGAAAACUGCUCCGAAGAUGCUGAUGUGAAGAAUGUUUACAUGUUAGCGACCACAGUCUCCUCGAAAAUUCUGAGGGCAAUUGCACUUAAAGAGGGAUUUCACUUUGAAGAAACACUCCCUGGUUUUAAAUGGAUUGGAAGUAGAGUAAAAGAUCUCCUAGAUAGUGGAAAAGAAGUUCUCUUUGCAUUUGAAGAGUCUAUUGGCUUCAUGUGUGGCACAUCAGUGUUGGAUAAAGAUGGUGUAAGUGCAGCUGUGGUCAUAGCUGAAAUGGCAACCUUCCUGGAGAGCAAGAACCUAACACUAGCACAAAAGCUCAUUGAGAUAUAUGAAAUGUAUGGAUAUCACAUAUCAAAGACUUCCUAUUUCUUGUGCUACGAUCCUCCUACUAUCAAAGGGAUAUUUGAAAAACUUCGGAACUUCGACGCCCCUCAGUGUUAUCCAAAAUGUUGUGGUAUUUACAAUAUAUUACAUGUACGAGAUAUUACCACUGGCUAUGACAGCAGCCAGCCAAGUAAGAAAUCGGUGCUGCCCGUGAGUAAAAGCAGUCAGAUGAUCACUUUUACCUUUCAAAAUGGUUGUGUUGCCACCCUUCGGACAAGCGGAACAGAACCCAAGAUCAAGUACUACGCAGAGAUGUGUGCACUGCCGGGACAGAGUGACAGAAGCAUGCUGGAAGAAGAACUUCAGAAGCUUAUUGAGGCUUUGAUUGAGAAUUUUCUUGAACCUGAUAAGAAUGGACUGAUCUGGCGCUCUGCUUAGAUCUCCUGCAACUGGUGUUCAAAGAAGUGACUGCCUGCACUGCGUCAUGUGAAACAAAGGAACCAAGAACAGAACUCCAUUUCAUACGUGUGUGUGUGUGUGUAUGUGUGUUAAACAGCUACACUUUUAUUCUGUAAAGAAGCAGCAUUCUUUUGUCAGGCUUUUCCCAAAGUCUGGGCUAGAAAAUGGGGGUAAGGAGAGGAAGUGAGAGAAAAAGAUGGAACUUAUAAUAAAAUUUUUCUGUCCUUUUGACCAAAAAGACUAAUUAACCUGCACCAAUGCGAAUGGACUGCCCUAGUAGGUUUAAGGCAGCUGAUCUUAGCCACUACAUCUGGUCUUAAACUCAUUUCAGGUACCCAAUACCUUUUGUACAAAAAGAUUUUAAAAUCAGGUCAUCGUGUAGUGUUGGAAGGAAGUGAUCACUCCACGCUGACAAAAAAGCCUGCUUCUUCCUAGCUGUUGUGCCUGGAUGUGGGUGUCAUCAUUACAGGUCUUAAUUUCCAAAAACGUUGAAGUAGAGUUCAGUGCUUAGCAUUUCUUGUUUAGGCAAGUUGUUCAAUAUAGCAUUUUUCAGCUGCUUAAGUAUCCUUCUGUUGUUAAAGGUGCUCUUGGUGCAUUGUAUCUUUCCUGUGUGUAUCUUAAAAUAUUUACUUGACAGUGAAACAAUAGUGGCAACACAUGCAGUUCCGCUUGCCGGCUGGGUUUUGAAUUAUGUAGUGCCUCCCCAAGGCUUCCAAAGGAGCAGAAGCUUGGUCAUUCCUUGGUUAAAGUGCCCAGGCAAAUCACAAUAGGCUUUGUAACCAUUUUUUGUCCCUCAUUUCUGAAAGGGUCUUAAGCCUUUUUCUUUUCUUUUAUUUUUUUUAACAAUGGCUUCAGAAAUUCAGUACCUUUUGUAUGAAAAUUCUUGGUUUUGAAAGCAGAGGUGAGAGACUAUCACCAUUUUUUUUUUUUUUGUUACUAAUUAGUAAUAUUUUUUUGGUCGUGUCUUGUAAGCUAAUUUCUGCUAGAAUAGCAGUUUGCAAAUACUAUUAGUCUUUACUUUUUAGGGCAAAUUUUUAACAACCCAUUACCAGUUUCCUACAUAUGCUUGAGUAGAAAGUGAGACUGCUAAUCACUGAUACAGAAAUUCUCAUGUAGAUAUCUAGGAUCUCAGAAAAUAAACCCCAUGGUUUUUGUCACAGAAAAGCUGUGGAAGAUACUUCAACUGAAACAACACUUCAGGAAAAAACUGCUGAUUGAUUAACUGAGAAUAAUACUUGUUAAUGUGUGCUACUAAAUCACUAAUAUAAGCCUUCAGAAUCAAGUCAGUGAUGUGCUGGAUAUCUCCCUGCUAUCACUUUACAAUAAUUAAAGAAAAUAAAUAAAUAAAACCGAAUGCUGAACUGCUGUGUGAAAGGUUACAUGAGAAAAACCGAAGAUGCACUUAAGUUAAAGCCAUUGUUUUGCCACUAUUGUUAAAUCUCUAAAUUUGUCCUCCAUCUUAUUGUACCCUUACAGCUUGAUGCCGUAGGAUCGCGCGGGGUGGUUUUGUCUGUGUUGCAUCUAGAUGGCUUCAAAGAGCACCAAGGUUUCUGUGUGCGGGUAUUGGGUAUUUCAUGCUGACAGAAGCUUUGCACUAUAACUGUGGAUAAGUAUUUUGCUGUAUAUGAAUGUACAUGUACUGCAGAAGGUCUGUGUUGCACAACUUCUUAUUUGCCACUGAUAUUUAUUUAUUUUUCAUUUUACAAGAAAAUAUUUCCAAGUUGUUCUGCAAUUGAGUGAAAUGUAUCUAAUGCCAAAAAACCUUUUUUUUUUUUUUUUUGUUGUUUUCUUGAUUGUACAUUUGACUGAUGUGGUGGGGAAAAUGAGUGAAAGCAUUUAUGCUUAGAGUGUGCUCAUGUUCUUGUACAGCACUGGGUAGGUCUCGGAAGGCGUGGAGGCAUUUAUGUCUGCUGCUUUGUCUUCAGUUUUCACAAAAAGGUGCAGAUCUGGAUCCCAACUGCACUGAAUUUGAAGGAGGCCUUGUUUCACUGGCAGCAGAUUGAAGCCUUAGGCAUUUUAGAUUUUGUUUUUGAAUAGCCUACCAGUAGUACAGAAGAGAACAAGUGACUUGGAACGUAAUUUUGAACAAAGGUAAAGACUGUAAAAAGCGUAGUGUGUGUGUGAUGAGGCCGGCUGUGUGUAUAUUGCAGCAAUUAGCGUUAGGAGUUGCGUCUCGUGAGUUAUGUUUGUGCUCCUACAAAGAGCAGGAAUCUGCAAUUUCCCAGAGAGCCCUGCUUUCAGUAGGCAAGUGUUAUAAAUGCAGUAUGGUAACUCUUCAUAGUCUAAAUAUCUUUAAUAAAAAAACCAAACCCAACAAACAAAUACAGGGAGUUAAGAUUCUUCUCGUCAGUAGAUUUGAGCAGUAAGUUAUAGACGUAGUAGUGCUUUUGGAAUGACAGCAACAGGCACGAUGUGUUGAAUGUAUUUUAAGGGUAUAAUGACUAUUGCUGUUUUUAAACUGCUGCUACCAUUGUUUUCCUACUGUAUUUGAACUGUUUGAUAUAUUUAUACUGUUCCAUUUGUGGAACUCCUCCUUUAUCUCCUCCCUCUGAUCUUGCUUCCCUUACUUCUGUUCCUGUGAAGGACUGCAAUUCUCUUAUUUCAUCACCCUGUAACUUUGUUAUACGUCGUGUUUGAGUUUGGGCUUGUGUGCAACCCUCGUUCAGUUGUCAGCUCUUCUUUACUACUUUUCAGAUAAGAACAAAGGCUUUUCAGACUUGAGCAGAAAGCAGAUAAUAGACCAAAGUACGCUGCGGGUGUUGUUUACCAGGCGAUUCCCGUUAAAAUACGCCUUUUCAAAGGUUGGUCCUACAGCAAGUCAUUGGCUUUAAACCGUAAUCAGGUGGCCAAUGAUUUGUGUUUAGCAUUUGAUAAAAUUAGGAGGGCUUGUUUUUUAUCUCUUCCCUUUCUGAUGUGACAGGCUUAAUUUCUGUCUCACACAGAUAUGUGGUAAAGUUGUGUUUCUGUGGACCUAAGACUGGACCUUUAUAAGACCAGGAGACUUGCUGGGCAAGAUUGAAUAUCUACGACGCAGAGCUUGUAGCUGAUAUUUUUUAUUCUAGUUGUGAUAAUAGCGUCCAGUCUGUGGUUUAAGUAGCUUCAAGUGCUAUUCACAUAUCUCCUCCCGCACCUCUAAAGGAUGCUUCCGCGGCAUGAGCGAAUGCCAAACUCUUGCACGGAAGAGAAGGAGGGAGCGUAUUUAGCACGGAAGAGCUUGACUGGAAGCUUCAAGCACAGCUCCAGCUGCAGCCCAAAGCGGCGUAGCCCCUGCCCUUCGCUUGCUGCCCCAGCGCGGUGCUGCCCAAAGGAGCCAGGCUUCCCCUGGAGAACUGGCAUCUCGCCUGAGCAGGUCUCUGAAUUUCCUUAACUUAAGAACCAGCUCUUCCUACAGAAGAGGGGAAACCUUUGUGUCAUCUGCAGAGCAAAUUAAGAAUUAAAAUUCGAUGUGUUUUCUGUUUCAAACAUUGAGAUGGCUUAAAACAUGCUGCCUGGGGCUCCUUUACCUGCCUUGGGCAGCUCUUGACUGAUCUCAAGUUCUCACUGUGUCUUUGCUUGGAGGAUAGCUGGAUGUUGGGAUUUCUGGUGUUAUUCCCUGGUUUAGUGAUGCUCAGGCAGCACUUUUUGUUCCCUUUCUGUCUGGCUCCUGAAUUAUUAAGGGUUUUCAGCUCCUAAAGGGAGGGUGUUUGUGUGAAACUAUCAGGAUUGACGGAGAAGCUGCCAGGUGAAAUGAUGGUUUCUGUCAUUUGGGGCAGGGCGGAGCGUGUGGUCUGCUUUAGAAAGCACUUGGAUGUCCUCUUUAAUUUUAAAAUUAAUAUUGUCAUCACUUCAUUUUGUCUUUCCCCCCGCCUUUUUGCCCUCUUCUCUCCCCAAGCAAGAGAGGGGGGGGCUCUUUGCAUGGUGACACCUGGCUGGUUAGAGUCCAUCUUGACACCCAGGACAUUUUCUAUCCUCCCCUGCCCUUUAUGUGCUGAAGAGUAGCUUCGUACGAGGUGAUUGAAGUAUCUGAAGUUGCAUCGUUCUCCUUGGCUAGAAUCCUGGGGAGUUCUGGAUCUGUGCUCUUGUUUACCCGGUGUCUGUUCUUCUGUAAAACUAGGGCAUAUUGCAAAUACAGAGUGACAAUUUGCACUUUUCUGAAGAACUUCUGUGUGUAUUGCUAUGUGGAAUUAGCUGAAUGAAGUGUUAUAAGUAAUAAAAUAUUCUCUUCGUAGUAGCAGUCA